AUGUUGGCGUGUUCAGCCGCCGCUCGCUCGUCCACGACCUCCUCGCGCACAAUUUCAGGCUCGGCAGCGGCCGCUGUUGCGGCGACAAUUCUUCAGCUCUCAUCGGCAGGCGUGUUGGUCGCAGCGCCUCUCUACGAUAACCUUCCAGGAUUCGGGGGCGACACACAAAAUGUCUUCUUCCAAGCAGUGCGGGGUGCCGUUGAGCAGCGAGCACCGGAUCUCGAUGACAUCUAUGACGAAAACCUUAUGACGGAAGACCUGCGGAAAUUCGUGGACGCUGUGUUGGAUGGCAAGCUUAAGCCUGAGCAGUACCAGUCGGAGCGCCUGAAAAUGAAUUUCCGCCGGGAUCUGGACGGGAGGGUGUCGCUCCGGAGCCGGGAGGGCCGCUGGUACAGUGUACGACCUGACAUGCAGGCAGUACCCGGCUUCCUGCUGCUCCGAGACCCGUCCGGGGGGGCGGUGUUCUUCCUGCCCCCGGACGAGGAGGGGGACGGACUCGCGCAGCUGGACCUGUCGGACGACGUCGUGGUGGCGGAGCUGUUUUCGAACACGGCAUGGCAGGACGUCAUGGAGCCCCUGGCUGUACGACAACCCGAUGGCUCCGUACAGCAGUUGCAGCUGUCAGAGCGGGAGUUCAGGUCGGUUGUGUCGUUGGUCGAGGGAGCGGAGGAGCCGGAGCUGGAGGAGGAGGAGGAGGGCGGGGCGGAGGCGACGCAAGGGCGGUCGGGACUGGCUGCGAAUUAA